AUGGAGCUUGAAGCUGGGUAUGUAGAUUGGAGAGGGAAUGCUGUGGAUGGAAACAAGCACGGUGGCAUUAAGGCAACACUCCUCUACGUUCUGGUCAUGUUACGAAGCUGUCCUAGCAGCGCAAACUUCAGUCUUGUGGCCUAUUUCCAUGGAACACUGCAUCUGGAUAUUGUGACCUCUUCAGCCGUGAUCACCUACCUGGUUGGUGCCGUGUCAUUCUUUGCUGCCCUGAUGAACUUUAUCUCCAGUGCAUAUAUCCAACGAACCACCGCUAUAUUUGUGUUCGGCCCAACUGUGGUCCUGGGUUAUAUGUUGCUAGCAUUGCAGGCACACUUGCCUUCACUACAUCCUCUGGACUGUGAGAUAAACAAAGAACCAAACAACUGUGAACCAGCUGAAGGCUGGCAGUUAACACUGCUCUACCUGAGCUUAUCAGUAUUUGCCAUUGGGGAAGGCUGCAUGCGUUCCUGCAUACCACUCCUUGGUGGAGAUCAGUACAGCAAUGAUGAUAUGAAAAAAAGCCAGCUCAAGGGUAGGUUCUUGAUUUGGCUAAAGUUUGCAAACUCCCUUGGAGCGCUCAUCGGAUUGGUAUUCUUAGUCUGGAUCGAAAACAAUUUGGGCUGGGCCACUGGCUUUAUGAUAUCUGCACUUAUUGUACUGGUAGGGCUGUUUGUGGCAGCGUGUGGACUGCCUUUCUACAGAACAGUCAGACCUAAUGGAUGUCAUGUGACUAGAAUAUUGCAGGAUGUCAUGACUUCAUCAAAGAAGAGGCAGGCUGCCAUUGCAGAUGAUAUUGAGCUGCAAGAAACCAGCACAGCAGAAUGUGUUGAUGGACAUGACAAAUCAGACAGCAGGAUCAUUCGCACCACUCAAGUUGAAGAGGAAACAAAUGGCAUCAUCCUGAUGUUUCCAAUCUUCAUCAGCUGCUUGCUCAUCUACCUGCCUUUCACGCUUCUAAUGACACUAACCAUACAAGUAGGCAGCACGAUGGACGGAAGGAUAGGAGAGAUAAAGAUUUCCUCUGCCUCUCUCAUCGCAAUCCCAACAGCAUUUCACAUGCUUAUGCGACCAUGCUACAGGCGGAUAUUGAUACCAUUGCUAAAAAGAUUCACAGGCCACACACAUGGAAUCACACCACUGCAGCGUAUAGGUGCUGGCUCUGCAUGCGGGAUAGCCGCAGCAUGUGUUGCCACAUUAGUUGAAACAAGAAGACUGACAGCCGCAGAACAACAUGGGCUAACGUCGACAGGAGCAGCUGUCCCGAUGUCCGUGUUCGGGCUGGUGAUACAAUUCUUCCUGUUAAGCAUCAUGGAUAUAGCAUCCUUCAGUGGACUGAUUGAGUUCAUAAAGAGUGAGUCAUCUCCACAAAUGGAGCUGAUAGCACCGGCAGUACAAUCCAUUCUUUCUGGAAUAGCAGCCUGGUUGGCAUGUGCCUUCAUACAACUGAUAAACAGAGUGACGAGGCAUGGGGACAACGUAAGAGGAUGGCUGGACGGAGCAGACUUCAACAGGACACGUCUCGAUCGUUUCUUCUUGUUACUGGCAGCCUUUGAGCUGGUGGCACUGAUCAACUAUGCUUUCUGGGCGAGGAGAUAUGCCAACAAGCAACAUAGUAGCGCAUAGGUGAUAGUGUAGUUCAUACUUCAUAGUGACCAAAGAAUUUGGAUGAAUUUGCUUUAGUUGGUCUACCUAUUCUAUGCAUAUUGUAACAGUGAAAUCCUAUAGUAUCCAUCAAGCAAUAGAAGCUAGAAAGCGAACAGAGUGGCAAGGCAAAGGGACAGCAGAAGAGGUUAGUUGGAUGGAAGUCGAAACAAACUUCAGGCAGCCUUUGAGCUGGUAGCCUGGAUCAACUAUGC